AUGCAAGUGAAAGUCAAAACUUUAACAGGUAGAGAUAUCCCGGUUGAUAUUGAGCCAACUGAUAAAAUUAUUUGUAUAAAAGACAUGAUGGAAGAAAAGGAAGGAAUUCCCCCAUCUCAGCAGCGUUUGAUUUUCAAUGGAUCCCAAUUAAACGAUGAUAGUACAGUCCAAGAAUCGAAUAUAAAUGCUGGUGCCUCCUUACAUUUGGUUUUGACAUUGAGAGGUGGAUUUUAG